CGUCGACGGGCCUUGUCCGGGCCCGACCGCCGGAAGCCCAUGGAGGAGACGCUUCUGUCCACCCCCAUCAACCCCAACAACUUCCCGGCCAAGCUGUGGCGGCUGGUGAACAGCCCUCGGUACCGCUCCAUCCGCUGGGACGUGCGCGGCGAGGGCCUGCUCAUCGACCAGCCGCUGUUCGAGGCCGAGCUGCUGGGCGCCCCGGGGGCGGCCGGGCCCGGCGAGCCCGACCUCUUCAAGACCACCAACUUCACCAGCUUCAUCCGGCAGCUGAACCUGUACGGGUUCCGGAAGGUGGUGCUGGGUGGGCCGGGGACCGGGCCGGGCCCGGCGGGGGACGGGCCCCUGCAUCACUUCCACAGCCCGCACUUCCGGCGGGACCAGCCGCACCUGCUGGUCCACCUCAAGCGCCUCACCAGCGCCAACAAGGCCAAGCUGGCGGCCGGGCUCGAGGUGUCCUGCCGCCCGCCCAACCGCUUCCAGCGCCUGCUGCUCACCUCGGCCGCCGCCGCCGCGCCUCUUCGUCGUCGUCGUCCUCCUCCUCCUCGGCCUCCCCGGCCCGACCCGCACGGACCAGCGGCCACAGGACAGUUUCCCCGGUCGUUCCGGCGAGAUGCUCUGUCUCCUUAUUCCUACGUACCGACUUCAUCCCACAACCACAGCACUUUCCCGCCGAAAGGUUUAGAUCGGACCCCGAUCCCUCCACGGACAUGGCAGAGCUCCCUUGGGAUGCACCCCGGGCAGGGGGAGUCUUCCCCUACAUUCUCAGAAAAAGGGGUUCCAUUUCCCGUCCUGCAGAGGUUUCCAACCGAGGUCACAUACACCCUGCAGCCCAGCGCCACGUCUGUGCACGUUCAGCAAGGACCUCAGGCGAUGGUCAGCUCUUCCCAGAAAUACACUAACUUCACCCCCUCAGCGCAGUACUCCCAAGCCUACUAUCCAACAGCCGUACUUCAGUGUUGCUCUCCAUCCACCCACGUGGAUGCUCUGAGUAGUCGUGCUAGCCCCACUGCAUCGUCCUAUGCACACUGCAAUUAUUUUCAGAGUCCUCCGCUGCAGUCCUCCUACCCAGUGGAAUUUCUGCCCACUAACUGGUCCUGCAGUGCCACUGAUGAAAAUAAGAAGACGGAAGUAAAUCUGGAAGCGGUCUUUCAGAUUGUCGAUGAGCUGCAUUCACCACCCAAACUGGAGAUGGUGAAGGUGGAGCCCGUGGAGAUUCAGGGCCCGGCCUCCCAGCCUAACCAAGGCCCACAUAUUCUGGCUAACUCCAAUGGCAGUAGCGGCGGCAGCAGCAGCAACGGGACUUCAUGCCAGCCCACCCAGCUGGAGCCUCUUACGCCAGUGAGCUCAGAUAUAACAUCGUUUGUGGUCGGAACCGAUAAAGCCAUCACCUGUUCUCUUCCACAGUCACCUGACUAUAUCUAUACUAUCCACCCUGCUCAGCCUGUGGAAAAUGCCACUGCAGUAGUGAUGCAGGAACCUGCAACUCUCCAACAAGCUCACAUAAAGCUGAAGGAGCCACUGAGCCAUCACCAGUCUCCAUCUUCUGUAAUGUUCAUCCAGGAGGGGCUUUCCUUCGGCGCACAACAGGUGGAUGCCAGUUUCAAGUGCCAAACCAAUCCACCUGAGAACAUCAUGUCUUCAGAGGUUGGCUUCCUCAUUACAGAUGUUGGAUCUGCUAGUAAACCUACCAAAGACACAAUUUCGUCCACUCCAGUCAGAUUCAGAGAGCGAAGAAGCAGUUCACAGAAAGGCAAGUCCCCUGAUCUCCAUCUGCUCGUGGAUGUGGCCUGCCACCAAGAGCAUUUUCCAGAGGAGGAGAAAUUAAAAGAGUGAGGAACGGAUGACGCUGUGCACGCACUGGCUGCCAACCAGUUUCGUGGAGUCAGGCUGGCCGCACUUGGCACUCGGUUGGGAUUUAUUCAGUUAUGUUAAAAAAAGUUUCUGUUUUGGUUGUUGUUCAUUGUAAGUUUUAUGGGGAAUUGGUCAGUUUGGUAUUGACUACA